AUGGCUGGUAAGAUUGGAGCUCUUGGAGUUGGUUUUCUGGUUUUAUUAGCAUUAUCAUCUGCAGUAGUUUCAGCACAUGAAGAAAUGUUGGGCUCACAACCUUCAAGCCAGAAUAUUACUGGGAAAGAGGUUCAAUCUCACUUGGGUUAUAAGCAUGUGUGGCCUGAUAUCAGAUUUGGCUGGAAAAUCGUGAUGGGUACGAUGAUUGCAUUUGUUGGAGCAGCAUUUGGGAGUGUGGGAGGUGUUGGUGGGGGUGGCUUUUUCAUCCCAAUGCUCACCCUCAUUACUGGAUUUGACCAGAAAUCAUCAAUUGCAGAGGAGAAGGGGAGAGAAUGA